CACGAUCAAGCGCAGGCGCAAUGUGACGCUUAGCAGUGACCGUGAGGAUGUUUGCUCUGUACAUGUCGGAAUAAACUCAUGAAACAAAUCACAAUGUCGUUAUCGGGUUUACUUCAGUUUGUCAGAUCUUCACUGCAGCGACUGGAGCUCAGUUUAGCGCAGUCGAUGGGGUUUGACAGGAGCCUUGGUCCAGCUCUGGCAGUGAAUGGUCCCAGCAUUUUCCCUAUAACCCAUAACAAUGGUGAUGAAGAAAGCUCAGAGCCAAGUCUUUUGGACAGCAUUUUCUGGAUGGCAGCUCCUAAAAAGAGACGAACCAUCGAAGUGAAUCGUUGCAGAAGACGAAACCCAAAUAAACUGAUAGAAGUCAAAAACAAUAUUGAGCCGUGUCACGAGUGUGGCAACAUGAAACUCAAGCAUGUUCUGUGUGGAUUCUGCUAUGAAAAGGUCAGGAAGGAGACAGGAAUGAUACGAAAGCAGAUCUCCAUCAUGGAAGGUGGACCUCUUAACACUCCUGCUGUGGACUCUGUUGUUUUAUAUGAAAAUGAAACUCCUUCGGAAGCAGACAAGAGCAAGAGAAUAAUAGAGCGCAGCAGGAAACGUCCAUAUUGGUUUCACUUGUAAUAUAUGUUCUUGACUUUUUUUGUUUAAUAAAUAUCAACUUUAACACGUC